UUCGAUUGUGUAACAGACGCACCUAAGUGCUUACAUUGUCUAGCCAUAUUUCGAUUCAAUAAGUUAUUAAAAUCAUCCGAAAAUAAAAUCUACUUUUUCUGCGAUUGCUCAUCAUUGCUUCUGAUUUGACAAUGUCUGAUGGAGAAGAUAAUACUAAUCUUAUAUUAAAUGAACAGAUGAUACUCGAAGGUGGUGUACCAAUUGAAUCAAUGAAUAGGAAUCAUGAAGUAAAAUGGCCUGUCAAACGUAAGAUUGAUAAGACAUUAUAUAAUAGGCGCCGGAAUGCUCGAAUACAUCGUUUAAUAUUACCUAAAAAUGCAUUAGUGGUAUUUUCUGAGUUGUUCCGUGGUGUGCCAAUCCAAGUAGAAGAGCAUACAUUAUGGAACGAUAAGACUUAUACUGCUACAAUUGAGAUUGAUGGCCAGACGUAUACUGGAAAUCACAUUUCAAAGACUGAAGCCAAACAAAAAGCAUGUGAACAAUUAUUUCGUAGUAUGUUGAGUAAACAAUUAAUCAUGGAAACUGAAAAAAAAAAAUACCCGGUAGAAAAAGACAUGGAACAUGAUACAGCACCAAAACCUAAAGAACCGCCUCAGGAGGAUUUCCCAUGGUCACACUUUGCUUCAUUUGCUAUGUAUAAUUUAAUAAAUCAGUGGAAACUACAGCUUAAUUCAAAAGAUAUUAGUUUACAAGACAAACAAUCAUUUGGCAUACUAUCACCACCAAAAGUUGCUGCUCCUAUGAAAAUGUUUCCUUCAAACCCAACAAAUCACCAGCCAGUAAGUUUAUUAGUUCAACUGAGGCCUGAUGUAACAUUUACCUAUACUAUUUUACAUCCAGUUAUCCAUGCAAAUUGUGUAAUAGAUGGAAUUCGUUUCACUGGACAAGGUUCGUCAAAAAAAAGUGCUAAGAAGGAAUGUUGUAUUAGUGCAAUAAGACAUUUUUGGAAUUUUGAUUUCCACUUUAUUCAUUCAUAAAUUAAGAAAUAAACAUAUUUAUGAUA